AUGGAUCCGGUCACCGCCAUCGGCCUAGGCGCCAGCGUACUCCAAUUGAUCGGCGUAGCCGGUAAAGCUAUUAAGUACCUCAACGACAUCAAAAAUGCCCCACGAGAGCGUUUCCGCCUUGCUCAAGAGCUAAAUAGCCUGUACGGGAUACUUAUAGAACUCGAGAAUCGCGCGGAUGAGGCAAAGGCCAGCGGAGAUGACGACUGGUUGAGAGGUGUCCAGUCGCUUACUUUCAAGUUCGGCCCCGUUGAACAGCUAGAAACCGCGCUGGAGCUGAUUGUGAACAAAGUCAAGCCGGUCUCAAGGUUUAAAAAGGUCGGCAAAGCACUUGUAUGGCCAUUUACCAGAAGGGAAGUUGAGGAAUUACUGAGGCAGGUUGAAAGGCAGAAGUCGACUAUCAUUUUCGCUCUGCAGGGGGACCAAAUCAGCCUAGCAAAGGCCAUCAAAGCCGACACCAUGCACAUACCCGCUCUCAUCAACGGAGUCCAGGAUAUGUCAAUCGGAGUGGCGUAUCUACAGGAUCGUCAAGAAGUGGAAGCGGUUCAGAAGGUCGUUGACUGGUUUUCCCCUCUAAGCUUCGGCGACCGGCACAAUGAUGUCCUCUCCCGUCGGUGUGAGGGAACUGGGAGUUGGUUCUUUGAGACACCACGAAGCCUCCGCGUGGUUAUCAAGCGCGGACAAGGCCUCUUUGUGGUGUAG